UGUGCUAGGUCACUAAUGGCUGCCGCCGAUAUCUCAAUCCUUGGAGAGAUCUCACCUCUGACUGAGAUGCACCCAGAGCCUACCAGGAGAUAUGGGUCCCCUGAGGCAAGUGUGACCCUGGAGUCCAGCCCACCAGCCUGACGCCCGGUCGGGCAGGGAAAGCACUAUGGAUGGCUUGAUUGAACAGAAGAGCAUGCUGGUGCACAGUAAAAUCAGCGAUGCCAGCAAAAGGAAUGGCUUAAUUAACACCAGAAACUUCAUGGCCGAGAGCAGAGACGGCCUGGUGUCUGUUUACCCAGCACCCCAGUACCAGAGCUGCCGGGUGGGGGGCAGUGCAGCACCGGCCACCCUGGACGGCAGCAGGAAUGAGCCAGUCCAGCAGCUGCUGGACCCCAACACUCUGCAGCAGUCGGUAGAGUCCCGCUACCGGCCCAACAUCAUCCUCUACUCGGAGGGCGUGCUGCGCUCCUGGGGGGAUGGCGUGGCUGCCGACUGCUGUGAGACCACCUUCAUCGAGGACCGGUCACCUACCAAAGAGAGCCUGGAGUACCCCGAAGGGAAGUUCAUCGACCUCUCUGCCGAUGACAUCAAAAUCCACACCCUCUCCUAUGACGUGGAGGAAGAAGAGGAAUUCCAGGAGCUGGAGAGUGACUAUUCGAGUGACACGGAGAGUGAAGACAACUUCCUUAUGAUGCCCCCACGGGACCACCUGGGCCUCAGCGUCUUUUCCAUGCUCUGCUGCUUCUGGCCUCUGGGCAUCGCGGCCUUCUACUUGUCCCACGAGAUUAACACAGGAGGGCAACAUCCAAGAGGAAAGGAGCCUGGUGUACAAGAGCACUUCUCCCAAAACCUCCUGCUCUCACUGGUGGAAAAAGACAACCUGAGGGGAAUGAAGGUAAAUCCCUAAUUUAAGAUUCUGCAGUGAUCAGGGAAAUAUAUGCAAUUAGACCUUAGAGAUUAGGUCAAGGAAAAUGCGAUGAGAAAGAGCCACUUCUAUGUGGGAAAGAAGCUAGCCCUCUGCUCAGAGCCUUCUUGGAGGUUGUCAGGGUAUAAAUAAGACAUAAAUAGGAUUAAAGUACUAAUUGACAAAUUGUUGUCAAGGAGAAGUCCUGCUUCACCUAUUUAAAUGCUCAGAAUAUAUUUAGAAUGCUUAUUAUGCAUAAACUAAUAUAACCCAAAGGCCUGAGCCCUCCCUUUCAACACAGGCAUGUUGGAGAAAGAAAUGAACAAAACAUAACAAUACCUUAGAGUUUGGACCGUGUGUGGGGAAAAGUCUUGAAAAAUAUGAAUGGUCAAGUAUUUUUAAUACAAUGUUAUUGCAUUCAAGGACUUCUGUGACCUAGUAGUUAACUAGUUUAUAUUUCAAAGGAGUUCUUUCAGUGGCCUACUUUAAUAAAUGAAAGCUAAUAGUCAAAAUUAACAAUUUGUAGAUGUUUAUCAAAUUCUUAAAGACAUCAGUAUCUUAAGUAGAUAAGGCAGCUUCCUUGCUAGUAUUUUAACAUCCAUUUAAUUGGUCCACACAGCUUUCUGUCCAUCCUAAUAGCCCGCUCCUCCUGUGUGAUGGUCCUUUAAAGCUCCUGAUACCCUAAAACCCAUCUGAAAUAAGCCUGAGGGGGCGUUACUCCCAGGUGGCAGGAUUUGGGUUCUGAGAGCCAAAGGCAACACACAACACCUGAAAUUCCUAGUUGGCGAUCACCCCAGGUUUUCUGAACCCAGGUUCCGCCUUCUCUAGGUUCCUCUCUGCAGCCAAUAUUUUCCUUCCCAAAUCAGGUUCCUACCCUGAAUUAUUUGACAUCUCUGUGGAGACAGUGGUGCUUGUGGGGGGUCUGGGAGCACCAGGAGCCCCUGCUGUGCCGGCUCCAUCCUCCUCAUGGACUGGGGGCUAAGCAGGCUUCACCUGUCCAGAACCACCCCCCCCCCACUUCCUCUCCAGGCAGCGUCUCCUCACAGGCACCUUUGCAGAGAGGACACAGGUCCUCAGUUUGCUCCCACACUGCUGUCCUUGAAAUAGGCACCCAACAAAAGGUCAGUGGGGCCUUUCGUCUUUCACCUCUUCCACUCAACAUGCUGCUCCCCAGAGACCCCAAGGUCCUUCUUUCAGCUCAGAGCACAUGGGAUUGUCUCUUCCCUCCGGCUCUUCUCUUCGCUUCCUCUCUCUUCCCUGGAGCCCUAAGAGGUCGAGGGAGGUCAUUUGGAACAUCCAUGAACUAGGAUGGGAAAUGAGUUGCAUCAUGAUUUUCACCAACCUCUAACCAAAAUUUGGCAUUUCCUCCAGUUAUGAAGGUAGGCAACAAACCACAUUGUUGUGACUUCAUCACCAGCAGAAACCACAGCUGUCUUCACUGCAGGUGACAGUUGUUGAAGAUAUCUCAGAAUAUUGCUUAUGUUCAUCACUACUUUGAAAACACAAACCCAAGUGCAGACAUACCUCAUUUCGUUGCGCUUCGCCUUACUGCUCUUUGCAGAUAUUUUGUGUUUUGUUUGUUUGUUUGUUCUUUUGCAGGGAAAGAUUCACCCUGAGC